AAUGAUUUUACCCCUCAAUCCCAAGCCUUUCCUCAAUGGACUGACAGGAAAGCCAGUGAUGGUGAAACUCAAGUGGGGAAUGGAAUAUAAGAGCUACCUGGUCUCUGUAGAUAGCUACAUGAGCAUGCAGCUUGCAAAUACAGAAUACAUAGAUGGUGCGAUGUCUGGACAUCUGGGUGAAGUUCUAAUAAGGUGUAAUAAUGUCCUUUAUAUCAGAGGUGUUGAAGAAGAGGAGG